GGGGCUGAUUGGAAGUCCACAGGCCAAGAGGCCCAGACAGGAAGAGAGGGACCUCAGCUUCCUGUUGGUGAAAGACAAGGACGGACAGGAGGGGCUUUUUGUUGACCUCGGUGUGUACACCAAGAACAGAAACUUCCGUCUCUACAAGUCAUCCAAGGUGGGGAAGAAUGCAGCCUUCACUGUUGCCGAGGACAACAAGUUCAUCACCAAACCUAAAAGGAACGUCUCUGCAGAGGAGUGCUUGUUCCAGUCCUCCUUAAUCAGCAACGUGAGUUUCACCGGUCAGAAGAUUCUGACAUGGGACCUCCAUGAAGAGAGGGACGGGAUAUGCCCCAAGCCUCAGGCUCAGCUGGGUUCGACUUCACACUGUGUUUCAGACUCUUUGGGAGGUUACCAGUGUUCUCCUCACAAAGAAGUGGACAACUUCGUUCUUUCUGUGGUGAAAAAGGAUGGCAUCCAAGGAAGCAUACGACGGUGGAACUACUUUGUAUCAGAGCAGUUACUUGUCUAUGACAUCCUGAAGUACCGCUGGUGUCAGAAUGUGGACCGGUUCCACAAAAGUAACAACAUCAUGAUUCUGGUGGAUCUCAAAGAGGAGGUCUGGUACCAGAAGUGUCACGACCCUGCUUGCAAGAGCUUCAGAUCUUCCAGUUACCCAUUACCACAGGACAUCUGCGUUAGCUACCUCAUAACAAUGGAUGAGGAGGACCAGGCGUAUCUGAUGGACGACGUGGGGAACAUCGAGCUCAGCCAGACACCCCCAGCUGAGAAGUACCAGGGGGGCUCGGCAGCAACACUUCCCCAGGGAGAAGGCCGCGAUCCCUGGGGAGAUGAGCCAGACGACCAGGCCUACCUGGAGGCCCUGGAGGAUGUCGAGAGAAGCACAGGCGAUUUGGCAGAGGAUGAUGUCCCAGAUGAGCUUCUGCUCCAAACCAUGACUGAGUUUGAGUCCCUCAAAGAUUUGUGCUUGUCGGGCCACUAAGUGUUAUUGGCGCAUUUUUCUUCAAUUCUGUUCAUGGAGACACAGGGUGAGCAGGCUUUUGCUCCAGCUCAGACGGAACCCACCCCAUUGAACUAUUCAAGGGCUUGAUGCUUAGUUGAAUUAGGUUUGGUGAGGUGCUGGGCUGGAACAAAAGCCUGCCAGCCUGUGUCUCCAGGAGCAGAAUGGAAGAAGACUGCAUUAGAGGGAGGUUAUACUUGUCCAACAAUUAAUUUCUCAUUUGUAAUACAGUAAUUCAGUACAAUGUUCAAUUUCAAUUACUGGCUGUUAAUGCACUUUAUGAACAGAGGUUUUUCCCAAUUACCUAGGCCUAUUCAAUGCAAGGUAGCAGGGGUCUCCCAACAGGUCGAUCGCAAGCUACCAGUAGCUCGCAGCCCACCGAUGAGUAGCGAGCCAAACAAUUCUGAAAGUACAUGCAAGUUUCAUGUGUUCCACUGCAAACAGUCAUAAACAAAUCUCACAAGUAUCAGACACCGCAAGCUCCCAGCUACUAUCUAGUCAAUGCAACAUUGACAUUAUCCCACCCCAGGUAAGCCAUUAUUGGCUUAAAAACCCAAACCUAACACAAUAUCUGCCAAAUUAAUAUCCAGCAAUAUUGCCAGUCUGUCUGUGUGGUGUGUUUGUCUAUCACUCCGUGUGUAGCCAGAUAUGAUAACUGUCUUGUGGGUUGACAGAAAUACUUUCCCCCAAAACUUCUCAAUUAUCAUGAGUAAGUAUAUCAUUUGUAUCUAUUAUUUGUUAUUUGCAAACUUUGCCAUGAAAUGAGCAGCACAGAACCGUCGUUAGACCGACACAUUAGACGGCACAUUCCUCAGUCGUUAGAUUCGCAAUUAAAGGGCCAGAUGCGCAAAAAACCCAGAUAUUAGUUAGUUUCCUUCCAGAUUUAAGCAUUGACAUGGACUUUUGAUGUUUCGCUAUGAAUAAUUGUAAUUUUGAGAGUGAAAACGCAAAAAAUCAAAGCCAUUUUUUAAAAGUAGCUAUCAUGGUAGAAAAGGUUGGAGACCCCUGCGUUAUAGCGUGGCGCACUAUAACAGACUUGAAGGUAAUUUAUGGUUAAGCCGACAGGAACAGCGUUCAUUAUGAAUGCAAUCUCCACUAAUUUCUGGGAAUAUGCCGUUAAAAAGAGCAUUGUCGGCUGUGUAGUGCGCUGUACUAUAAAGCACCUUGCAUUGAAUGCCGGCCCUACUGGUUGUUCUGAUAGCAUAGCUUGUUAAGAUGUUUCUGAUAACUGAACAUUGAUAAACUUCCAACUCCUUA